CUCGAUAAAUACGAAAGUACAGUACAUAUUUUACCAUAAGUAGAUGUUACCCAUGUAAGGGGACAAGUAAAUAAAAAUGUGUGGCAGAGAGUCUUUAUCGAGACGAUGUGUGCUGGUCAAACAAGUUCCAGAGGAGUUGGAAGAAGAUUGUAUUUACAGUAUUCAUGGAGUAGAAAAGUUCCACCGCCAUAAUGAACUCAGUAUUGGCAGUGGGGAAGUAAGAUGGAUCGUCUUGUUGACAAGCCAAGACGAGGCAGAAAAGCUAAUGAGGGAUGGCCAUGUUACUUUAGAUUCAGAUGGACAGAAGUUGGAUCUUCCAGUUGGAGGCUGUCCAGAAUGCAUCAUUCCAGAUGAGUGGGUGGAGAAUACCCCUACAAGAUUGAGUGCCCCAUUGUCUUUUGAUGAUGAAAUGCUGCAAGACAGUAUAGGAAUGAAGAGUAUAAGAUGUAGAGAGAGAAGCAAAAACCUGGGUGGAGGGAUGACGCGAGAUUCAUUGCUGCAAGGUUCAGAUGAUUAUGUGAAAGUGGAAAAACCAAUAUCAGCAGAAAAACCAGAAGAAAAGGAAAGCACAGACAAAUAUGUCCCUUCCUUUGUCAUACCUGCUAUAAGUUCUCCAUACAGUCAGUUAAAUCUAUCAGACAGUAAUAAUUCCCAUAUGUACUCUAGUCUUCAGUCACAACAAUCAGACACGGAGGAAGUGGAAUUUACCAACAUAACAUCAACCGAAGAAACACAAACCUACACACCCAUGUCACCUCCAGCAAAUACAGAUAACUUUCAACCUGCACAAUUCAGUGAUGAAGUCACAAUGAAUAUGUCUAUGACUUCAAAGAGUAGAUAUGAUGAAGACGACCCCUAUCAUACUAUUAAUGAUGUUGCAGUAAGCUCACAUCUGGGUCACGAUGAACCCCCUCCUCUACCCCAGAGGCUGAGUAGAUCCGAGAGCAAGGAAGUGUCCUCUUCAACUUAUAUGGAACCAGCAUCAAGGAGUGGGAGUCAUUAUGACCAACCACAGCCAGUUCUACAUUUAAAGCAGGUGAAUGAAAAACAGACAUCUAGGAUCAAUCCCCAGGAAAAUUCACCUGGUAAAUUUCCUGUAAAUUCUCACUCUACUGCUUCUGGUGCUGAUACUUUAAAAACAGGAAGUGGUGAUAAUGGUGAGUCCCCAUCUGUACCUCAGAGACUUAGCAGAACUCAGGACAGUGAAGUGUCUUCUUCAACAUACAUUGAGCCUGUAUCUACAGGACAGGUCCAGUCUGCACCAAAAACCAAUACCAAGCCUGAUAUUCCACAACCAGGGUUAAAAUCUGAACAAAGCCAUUCACAAGCAUCUGGAAGAAAUUCUUUAGAACAUACUCCCAGCAGUGAAUUUUCAAUGAAUUCUGAAAAAGAUUCUAACAAGAUUUUACAUAAUGCUGAAAGCAAUAUAGAAAGUAUGGCUAGUUAUGGCAAAGACCCUAGUCAGAACCAGGCAACCUCAGCUGUGAUAAAUGAACAGAGGACACCAGGUGGUCAAGCACAGCAAGGACUACUGGACCAGAGAGAGAUGCACAGAGACUCUGGCAGUCCUAUUGUAAGACACCAUGAGCCUGGUAAUCAAAGAACAUCAAAUCAAGAGUCAGGUGGUCAAAGAGAAACAAAUCAAACACCAGGUUCACAGAGAGUAACAGGCCAAGGAAUGGAAAAUCAGACAAACAGAAAUAGAGAAACAGAGGGUCCUGAUGCAGUGUAUCAGAAUUUAGAAAUGUUCAGAAGGCCAGAUCAAGGUCCAAAUCCAGGUUUUAUGAUUGCUCCAACAGGACAAACUAACCAUAUGAAUCCACAAAACCAACAUGGUGCCAUGCCACCAGGACAGACUAAUGGUAUGAUGAAUCCACAAAACCAACAUGGUGCCAUGCCACCAGGACAGACUAACGGUAUGAUGAAUCCACAAAACCAACACGGUGCCAUGCCACCAGGACAGACUAGCGGUAUGAUGAAUCCACAAAACCAACAUGGUGCCAUGCCACCAGGACAGACUUACGGUAUGAUGAAUCAACAAAACCAACAUGGUGUCAUGCCACUAGGCUUUAUGAUUGGACCACAAGCACUCAACCAACCUGGUUUUCCACCAUAUCCAUUUCCAGGCUUUCCAACUCCUUUUUUCCCCAUGCCACAACUGCCAGUGCAAGGAAAUAUGGUCCCACCAAAUGGAGAGAGAAUUUCCAGGCCUGAACUAGAGUUACCACCACCUUCCACAGAAGGUGAGAAACAACCAUCAGUGAGGAGGAGUAAAGUGAUAGUGGAGAAACCACACAGAGAGAGACCCUCUUCAGGUAGAUCAGAGGAAAGGGCACCUUCACCUGAGGAGGAAGAAACUGAUGAAGAAAAGUCAUUUGACACAGUCAGAGUAAGACUAAGGAAGCCAGUGUCACAGGAUGCCGUAGAGAACUAUUUUGAGAACAAGAGGAAGUCUGGGGGAGGAGAUAUCGAGUCCUUUGAAGUCAUCAAGGAAGAGGAUGAACAAGUUAUUGAAGCUUUGAUCAAAUUCAAACAAUCUUGUGAUGCCAAGUCCUGCUUGCAGAGGAAACACAAAAUAGGUGGUGCAAAUUUAACAGUAGAAAUAUAUGAUACAGACGACCCAGAAAUGUGGGAGAUGCACAAAGUUCUGGUGAGCAGACUCAACCCAGUGACAACUGAUGAUACACUGAUGAAUUUUUUGGAGCCAGCUGCAGAGGCGGAUCCAAUAGAUGUGGUCAGAGGGUCAGAACCUGAUACAGUCAUAGUGGUGUUUGAUGAGAAACCAGAUUUUUCCAAUAUGUCAAAACGGUGCAAUUCCAAAAAACUUGAGGGCAACACAUUGUUUAUACAAAUGGUAGAGAAAUGUAGAUCAGUUUAUGUCCAAGAAAUUGAUGAAACCAUCACAUAUGACACAGUGGAGAAUUUCUUCUGUAACAAGAAAAGAAGUGGAGGUGGAGAAGUGGAGAAGGUGGAUUAUCAUCCUGAAGAUGGAUACUGUGUUGUUCAUUUUGAAAAUCCAACAGAUGCAGAGAAUGUGGCUUCAAGAGAAAAGUUUACAAUCAGUGGAAAAGAAUUUAGAGUACAAAUGUUUUAUCCUCAACUAGGGUUGCCAGAGCUACCAAUUAAUUGGGAAGAUUUGCCUUCAUUAAUUCAUCCUUGUGAUAAACACUUUAUAAAAUUUGUCAAGAAUUGUGGGGCAGUAGCCAAAGAAAUUGAGAAGGCACUUCAGCAGAAGUUUGUAAAAGUUGAAUGGCCGAAAUCAAAAUCAGAUUCAAAUGUCAAACUGCUUUGUUCAGUAACUAAAGAGGUGGAAGAUGCCAGAGGUAUUUUGAAAAAGUGGAAGGAAGAAGCCAAGAAAAGCAUGGAAAGCUUGGUGGACAUGUAUGUAGUCCAAAAACACUCAAUUUUACCAGAAGCUUGGGAGAAUUUUCUAGCCAAGUUAAAAACACUCAAUAUUGAUCACCCAGAAAAAGUAGCUGUUUCAUUAGAAGCCAAACAACAUAAAAUUGUUGUAGUUGGAUUAGAAGAAAAUGCAGAGGCCCUGACAAGAAAAAUCCUAGAUAUUGUAAAAACAGAGGAGUUGAAAAUAAAAACCCAGAAAGAAAAGAUUGAGAAAAAUGUUCCUUUAGAUUUCCACAAAUGCCAACAGCUUUGGAAAACACAAUAUCAGAAAAAGAUUAAGAAGGAAUUUCCAGAUGUUGAUAUGAAUAUUGAGAUUGAUAAAAAAGAAGUCAACUUUUCUGGGAAAUCAAGUGAAGUGAAUGAAGCUAUGAUAAAGAUGCAUGAAUAUUUGAUGAAUACAAAGUCAAAAUCUUUAAGCAUAUCUAAAGGGAGACAUGAAGUGUUUAAAACAAAGGAGGUGAGAGAUCUUUUUCUGGCAGAAAUGAAAAUGAAAAACAACAAGGCUGUAUGGAAUGUAACAGAGGACAAAGUGGAAAUGACAUCAUCAAACAUGAAAAUGGUUGAAGAGGCCUUAAAACUUUUUGAAGAAUUUAUACCAGAGAAAGCAAUCAAAGUAAAACAGCUAGUGAAAGUUUUGACCACAUCAGAAUGGCAAGCUUGUUUUAAGAAGUUACGAGAAUCAUAUGGUGAAAAAAUGUACAUUUUGUCUUCUGUUUCUGAAGUCCGUGUCACUUCCACUAAAGAUAUUUUUCAGCCUCUAUGUACAGAAGUUGAACAAGUUUUAGAGGAAUGUUCUAAGAAAUGCUCUGUUGAUCGGAAGCAUGUAAGAUUGACAGAAGCACAGUUUAAUUAUGUGAAAUAUUUUGGGGAAAAAGAGUUGAAGAAGUUGUCAGAGGAUGCCAAAGAGAAAGAUUUAAAAAUUACCAGAAAUCAAGGUGACAAUUCUUUAGAAAUCAGUGGAAAUGAUGAAGAUGUCAAAAAAGCCAAGGAAGAGUUGAGGAGGUUUGUGGAUCAACUGAGCGAAGAUACCUACAGUAUAACCAAACCUGGUGCUAAGACCUUCUUCAAUUCGGGGAAAGGACGGGAAGCCAUUAAAAGAACCGGUAAAGCCACUUCCUGUAUCAUCAUGAAUAAAGAAGGAGGGAGAAAUAAGAAAGAAGAGAGGGGCAGUGGGUCAUUUGAGAGGCAUGGUGCAAGGUCAAGGCCAAAAAUUCCAAUCAAGCUGGCUGAGUGUGAAUUACAUAUUGGUAGUCAAAAGUUGAUUGUUAUGAAAGGUGAUGUAACAAAGUUGACAGUUGAUGUCAUCGUGAAUGCAGCCAAUGGAGAUUUAGAUCACUGUGGGGGUCUGGCUCUGGCUAUUUCUAGAGCAGGGGGUGAGUCAAUCCAGAGGGAAAGUAAAGGCUACAUCAAAUCUAAUGGAACUGUUCCAGAUGGUGGGGCCAUCCCAGCAAAACCUGGUAAACUCCCUUGUCAGAUGUUGCUCCAUGCUGUUGGACCGCAGUGGCAGGAUGGAAAAAAUGAAGAGGAAGUGAAACUCAGAAAAGCCAUUUUAAAAUGUUUGGAACUGACAGACAAGAAUAACUACUCCUCUAUAGCUAUCCCUGCUCUCAGUGCUGGUAUUUUUGGGUAUCCCGUGGAUCAAUCAGUUGACACUAUUGUCAGUUCUAUUCAGUAUUAUUUCAAGUCCAAAGAGGGCAAGUCUUCCAAAAUAAAGGAGAUCCACUUCUGUGAUGUUGACGACAAGAUCGUGAUGGCAUUUAUCAAUUGUUUGAAGAGAAAGAUUGGACAGGAUGUGAAAGAAUUUAAUGGAGAUGAAGGUAACCAGUCACCAUCUAGAGAUGAAGAUUCAGAUGAGGAGGCUCAGGGAAAAUGGAGAAGGUCCUCUGAUGAUGCUAAAAAGAAGUGGAGAAGGUCCUCGUCUGGUGAUAGUAAGAGGAUGAAGAUAGAAGUCUUCAGUGGAGAGUUAGCUAAAAUGAGGGUGGAUGUAAUAGUAAAUUCUGCAGACAAGUCCUUGGAUCUGUCAAUCGGUAACAUAUCCAAGAGUCUGUACAAAGCUGGUGGAGAAACUCUCCAAGAUGAAUGUAAAACAAAGUACAAACAUGGAAUAGAGCCAGGGAAAGUAGCCAUGACAAAGGGAGGCAACCUCAGGUGUAAACAGGUGUAUCAUGGGACAAUCAAAAGAUGGGAUCAUUGGAAAGGGGAUGCUCUUGGGAAGUUAACAGAUUUUGUAAAAGAGUGUCUAAGAAUAGCAGACACAAACCAGAUGAGUUCUAUUGCCUUCCCGGCCCUAGGAACAGGCAGACUGGGCUAUCCACCAGAACUAGCUGCACAGACAAUGUUCAGAUGUUGUAGAGAUUUCCACAGUAAAAACAGAGACAGCAGUCUGAAGGAAAUAUUCUUUGUGAUAUACUAUAAAGAUGCAGACAUUCUUGAGGCAUUCAAAAAAGAAAGUGAAAGUGGAGGUGCAGGGACAGAGACAGGUCGUCCUGAUUACAGACACAGGGGAGGGGGAAAACCAUCCACAGAAUUAGAUACAGGUAGUGGUGACGGGAGGAGGAAAAUAAAUAAACUGAACGUGGAGAUCAGACAGGGGGACAUAACUCAGGAGAAAACUGAUGCUAUUGUCAACAGCAUAACGGGAAAUCUGGAUUUAACUAAAGGUGCUGCCUCUAAAGCUAUUCUUAAAGCAGCUGGAGACAGAAUACUGACAGAAUGUAACAGAGGAGCCCAGUCUUUCUCAUCAGAGGGCUAUGUUGUUACAUCAGGAGGACGGAUGGGUUGUAAGUACAUCAUUCAUGUGAAAGCCCAGAGAUCGGCAGAGGAAUGGGAGCAUAUGGUGGCCAAGGCAUUGGCUCAUGCUGACAAGACAGGGUGUAGGUCCAUUUCCUUCCCAGCUCUAGGAACAGGCGUGAGAAAUAGUGAUCCUGCAGAGAUUGCCAAAUACAUGUUCAAAGCCAUGAGGAAAUUUUCACCAGAGAAUCUAGAGACAGUGAGAGUAAUUGUUUUCCAGAGAGAUAUGGUUUCAGUAUUCCAGUCCUCACUUGAUACCCUCCCCCAAGGAGCUUUCACACAGAUUAAGGAUUUUGUCACUGGAAAAAUCAAAGAUGUCAUGGGCUCUGAUGAAGACGAUGAAAGAGACACUCGUAGAAAAUGGCAUGGACAUAAGAAUCAUGACCAUGGAUACAGAGGUCAAGGACAUGGGCAAGGUCAAAUGGAUGAAAGGAUUACCUUUCUAAUUCUUUCAAACUCUGAGGAAAAGAUCAAGAAUGCCAAAAUUAGCUUAGACAGAGUGCUUAAGAGUGAAUGUGAAAGGAAAGAAAUUGAUGUGUCAAAAUACACAUUUAGUUACAGUCAGAUGGAUGAAAUUAAAAGAAUUGCAAAAGACACCAAAGUCAUUGUCAAAGAAGGAAAAAUAGAACUGCUGGGCUUAACAGCAAAUGUAAAUGAAGCAGCUGUAGCUAUUUAUAAGUAUCUACAUGAGGUGAAGGACCAAGAGAGUGCUAAGACUGUCCAGAAAUACGUCAAAUGGCAGUACGAAGCCUCUCCUGAUAAAUGGUCAACAUUUAGGGAUGACAUCAACUUACAGAUUGAGAAUGCGCACCAGGCCAGAAAGGAUUCAUGUAUUGUAAAGGACAGUAAAGGAAUUGAAUAUGUUAUUGACUUAAAAAAGAUGGAGGAGCAUGAGAAAAACAAUUAUAGGAAAAAGUACAAGAUCAAACGAGUAGAUAAGGGUGCUUCCUCUGUUGGAUUGCCAGCCAAAUGGGCUCAUAUGAAGAAUACCCAGACGAUGGUUGAAAUCACCUUGAAACCUGGGGACAGUGAGUACCAGAUGGUCAUGUCAAAGUUCAAGGCCUCUAGUCAAGGAGCUGUCUCGGUGUCAGAGAAAUUAUACAGAAAGCUGAAGACUCAGUUAUCAGCCUCAUACGAGAUGUCAGACAUUGUAGAGAUACGAAGAGUGCAGAACCCAUAUUUGUAUCAGCAAUAUGCCGCAAAAAGAAAGGAAAUUCAGGUGAAGAAUGGGAAAGACCCAGAAAAAUGGUUGUGGCAUGGGACCUACCCAGAAACUGUAGAUAAAGUCAUCAAUAAUGGAUUUAAUAGAAGCUACUGUGGAAGACAUGGUACGUCGUAUGGUGCUGGUGUCUACUUUGCUGUGAAUGCUUCCUACUCUUUAGGUUAUUGUAGAGCUGACUCAAAUGGACACAAACACAUGUUCUCCGUCCAAGUCGCCACCGGUGAUGCUUGCACUGGAAACGGUAGCAUGAAUGUACUUCCACCAAAACAAGGUGCAGGAAGUCAUGUGACCUAUGAUUCUGCCUCUGAUAAUCCCAGUAACCCUGUGAUGUUUGUGAUAUUUCAUGACAGCCAAGCCUAUCCUGCUUAUCAUAUAAUCUUCAAAUAAUCCAGAAGGCUCAACUGAGGUGUAUGGCAAAAGCAAAAAAUGCAUGAAUCGUAAAUCUUGUGCAAUUAUUUUUGCAGAUUAAAUUAUUAAUCAUUUAUAAGAUCAUGUACUGUACUGUAAGUGACAUAAUUGAAACAUAUGAGUAAAAUGACUUCUAGCAAAAUCACAGUGUGUCAUUGAAUUACAAAGAUUGUCCUCUUUUUGAAAAUCAUAAUACAUGUUAUAUGAAAUUUACAAGAACCAGAUA